GUCAACGAGCAGUGAUCGAGAUCACCGCGUGUGACGUUGACUUUCGGUGGUUGUUUCGUGCGAAUUCGAGCGACGGGAACCCGUUUUCGAGCACCUCGAGUGUUCGUUGUGUUUGUGUGGGCUCCAUACCUGGGCUAAGUAGCGUUUUGGUUGGCCCCAACCUGUAUUGUUGUAUACACAUUUGUGUACGCUGGUUUGCGUUGUGCAGUUCGGGGGAACUUCGGAAGUCAAUAGACUCCUAACUGUGCGCGAGAUGUCCGACGAGUGGCCGAGGGCGUGUUGUUUGGUUUGUGUCGUUGUUUUGAUCCGUCCUGAAUACCUACUGAAAAGGCAUUGAAAAACUAAAAUAACAAAUAGUUGUUUCCGAACAAAGAGCUGCCGCCACAUUGGUGGCGUUGAUCGCGUGGACAAUCGGAUGCGGAUAAGUGAUUUAUGCUGUGUCAACGAUACGUUCGAAAUAGGUAAUUGAGGAAGUGCGUGUUCCUCCAACGGUACAUUUCGAUCGGUAGCGAUCGCUACGGGUUGUGUGUUUGUGGUUCGCGUGACUUCACUCUGCACGCGGCUGCAAUGUUCUCGGCGAAGAGAGCUAGUGCGAAACUGCCCGCCGCCCCGGCAGACGAUAAGCCCGAGGACAGGCCCCUAAGCCUGUACGACAACCUGAUGGCUGGAUCUUCCGGCUCGGGCUCCAAAGUGUUACAAUUUCCGAACAUUCAGUUCAAGUUUGACGACGAUGGUCCAUCCACGCUAAUGAGUGAUGCCAAAUCGGACUUCUUUGGACUCUCGAAGGCUCCCGCUCCAGCGAUCGUUGAUGACGACGACACCGCUCACGCUAAGGACGAACCCGAUGAGUCACAACAGCUGUUCUCGGAACACGAUCGGCGAUCGCCACCGGUCUGCAUCGCACCAGCUACUUCGUCACCCACCUCCACUGCCAGCACAGCUCCCGCCAGAUCUUCCGGAUCGCCACAUGGCUCCCCAGGGGGCAAAUCCCGCCCAAUUUCCACCCAUCGGAAUAUCACCAUCAAACUGCCCGAUGCCGAAAAACCAUCAGAGGCCGUCUACAUGACCACCACGGUGCCGCAGAACUUCUCCAAGAACAGCCACACAUUGAUCGGGAGACACAAACCCACGCGCAGCAGCCUGCGGCACAGUCGGAUGCUGGUGGUGAGCAAAAAUUUCCACCAGCGCUACCCGAAGGGAAACUCGCUGAAUCUGAAACACAUCCGGCUCAGCCGGUGGCUGAUGGUGCUAAAAGUUCUAAUCGGUUCGCUACUUACCAUUAUGGGGCUGGCCAUUAUGGUGUGGUCCCCCAAUACCCACACCAAGGACAAUCCCUACUGGGCGGGAUUGAUUCUUGUCCUGAGCGGUUCCUUGUUCCUGAUACUGUUCGACUACAAGCGGCGGCCGGCGAAUCGGCUGCGCGAGACUUGCUUCAACGUCAUCCGGGUGAACGCUCUGGUGAUUCUGCUGCUGACGAUCUUCUUCACGAUGCUGGCGUUCAUCUACGCGCUGAUACACACCGCCAAUUUGAGCUCCAGCAGUUUACGGUGCGAGCCGGAGUAUAGCUUCAACGUGAACGCCUCGAGUUGCGUCUGCACGAUCGAUACCCGACCCUUUUGGGGAGGGAAGCCGACUUCGUCCACUGGUGGUGAUGUGAGAGCAGGCGAACAGCAGUUAUUCCCUGGUGAGGAGGCAGAGGAGAAUAGUACCACCACCGCCACCAAUGUGGUGGUUAAUUUCCGAAAAAUCGGGGAUCAGUUUGAGGACGAGAGCGUGACACGGUUGGAGUAUCGUGAUUUCAACUGCAGCGAAGUGUUCGGCAUCUGGUACUACGUCACGCUGGUCUCGACCGUUCUCAGCAGUCUGGGCUGCCUGCUGGCGGCCACCUUCCUCGCCAUCUACGGUGUCGAGUGCCAGCGUCGUAUCCAGGAGCGGAAAUAUCUGAAGGCACGCGAAGCCGCCCCCAGUGGGAGCAACGGGAUCAAGAUGACCGAAUGGAAGGUUGACGACGAGAGCACAAACGCGGCGGCGGCAACGGAUGACACCGGAGCAGAGUGCACCGAAACCAAACCCCUGCAAGCUGACAGCAGUCGGCGGAAAAGUUCCGCAGACGUUACCGAAAGUAUUGACAUUAAGACUAGUGAAGCGUAAUACACGUGUAUUAUUUAAAACAAAGAAAAACAAUG